AUAAGCAAGACAUUGCCAUAUAUGGCAAUGUAUACAAUGGUCUAAAUAUGGAUGAAUCAUGUAACUUGAAUGUGUAGAAUAGAGACAAGGCAACGUAGAAACUAAAUGCAGGAAUAAAAUACAUUCCAAAAACAAGAUUUUCAGGUCUACAAUACGCAAUGUAACAUGAAUAUUAAGAUAUCUAUAUCUAGAUCUGCAAUCAAGGUCUCGUCUAACGCGAGAGGUUGGGCGAGAAGCAAAAUGGCAGACGAGAUCACGACCAUGGCGAUGGAGAAAGAUUCAGAAAAGUCAAAUUCAACAGGAAUUCCUGGUGCUACAUUCGUUGAAGAUGUUGAUGCAUUCAUGCAAAAGCCUGACAACAGUGAGGGGGCAGAAGGGGUCCUCCAGAGGCUAGAUGAACAACACAAUAAAUACAAGUUCAUGGAAUAUAAUUUAGUAACAAAGAAAAAUAGGUUAAAGAGUCAAAUUCCAGACAUCAAAACAUCUCUAGAUAUUGUUAGACAUAUGAAAUCUAAAAAGGAUUCUGUGGACCCAAUCAAGACACAGUUCCUCUUGUCUGACCAGCUAUAUGCUAAAGCGAGCAUACCUCCCACAGACAAAGUCUGUCUUUGGUUAGGGGCUAAUGUGAUGUUAGAAUACAACCUAGAAGAUGCUGAGGCAUUAUUAAUCAAGAAUCUUGAGGCGGCUAACAACAGUCUCGAUCAGGUAGAUGAUGACCUUGGUUACCUUAGAGACCAAACAACAACUGUUGAAGUCAACAUGGCACGAGUUUACAACUGGGAUGUUAAGAGAAGAGGAGGAGAUAAACCAGCAUCAUCGUCAUAGUGAUAAAUCAUGUAUCCAGGACAAUCUCUCAACUGUGUGUUUGUUUAUUGAACGCACCCAUGAAGCCAUUCAGAAUCUUCAUUGUGUUUUACAAAGUUCAUGUAAAUGUUGAACAAUACUUGCAAAGUUAAUUGGUUUCAUGUAGGUGUUAUUGAAAGUAUUAAUCAUUAAGUGUUAAUAUCUCAUACAUAUUUCACAUGAAUUAUGUAAGGACUACAACUUUUGACCUAAUGUAGGUAUUUAUUUGAUCCAGAUCAAUAGACUUGAUUAAAAAUCACAAACCAAGUACCAAUAUACAUUGAUAUAGAAAUGGUGACAUAUUGUUACAGACUCUAGCAUUCUG